AUGGCCGCAGCAGAAUACCGGAGGCGGUGGAAGAAUAUAAAGAUCCGCGGCCUACCUGAUACAGUUACCACAGCGGAAAUACCCCACCUAAUCCGGAGGCUCCUGACCCAACUAUUUUCAGCCAAACAAGCCAAACUGAUGCAACUAGAUAGCUGCUACAGACUCCCAGCACCACCUGCAAGUGCCAGAGGAGGGCAUAGGGACGUCAUAAUCCGCUUCAGAAAUGGCCCUGACAAACAGGCGUUCAUGUCAGCCACUCGUAACAAAUCGCCCUACUCAUUUGAGGAACACCAAUUGACUUUCUACCCGGACCUCUCUAGAGCGACCUUAGAUUGGAGAAGGUCCCUGAGACCCCUAAUGGCAGUACUUACACAAUUCAAGGUGCUUUAUAGAUGGGGAACACCAAGGAGCCUUCUGAUCCCCCAAGAAUCUGGGACACUGAAAGUGCUGGAAAGUGCUGAAGACAUACCCAACACUCUACAGAAACUUGGGCUACCAGCCACCCCAGAGGGAUUGCCGACCUCAGCUCCAGUCACACAGCCGAGCACCUGGGACCCCUCGAGGGUCUGCCAGUUUGUUCCUGCUGCUCUGCGGGGUGAUUCUGCCACUACUGCUGUGCCCUGA